CGCUGGUCUUCUGCAAUACGGGCUAGCUAUGCUGUUGCUAUUGGCUCCAUCAUUUUGGUGUGCAUCUUUGGUCACGGCUGGCAGGAAGGACAGAUCACGGUUACCUCCCCUUAUGUGUACAGGAGUAACCUGCCCUUUGAGGGCCGGGUGGCAGUACAUGUGGCUCUGCAUGGCACUAAUGUUACCCUUGAGGAUGGGCACGAACCCGAAAGGUUCGACUACUACCUCCAACGCGGUCUGCCUGAGCCUAUUCUCAAGGUAAUGGAGUUCCUGACGGUGGACGAGGGCGGUUUGCGGUGGGGUCGCUCCUUCCAUACAGCUGGCCACUACGGAGGCGUUCUUUUGUGGACUGCGUUUGCUUUCUGGAUGAUCUGCAAUGUGUUGCUGUUCAGCGUGGUUAUAUAUGGAGCCUACAUGUUCGCUUUGACGGGUGUGGCAAUGAUCUUGGCGUGUGUGGCUUACCACUCUUGUCAGAAUGGCCAACCGCUCGCGAUUACGUUCAGCGGAGUGGAACUCACCGUCAGUUACGGCUGGUGUUACUGGUUGACGCUUGUCGCGGGAAGUGUAACCUUUGUGAUGGGCGUGACAUUGAUCAUUCUUGACCACUUCCUUCACGAUGGCGUGGCCGAGUUCUUCCACCUGGAGAGGCUGGACAUUGAUGAUUAUCUAGAUCACAGUUUCAAGGAGGAGAGGUCAGCUUCUACAGCAAAAUCCUUGAUGGACAGAAGGGCAUCCCUGGCUCCCAGCAUGGACAUGCGCAGAAACAGCAUCUUCCUGGAGCCUGGACGCCGGCCCAGCUGGUACUCCGACAACCUCCGGCGGACCGUGAACUUUAACCCCACUGCCGUGGUGAGCAACGGCAUCAGCAACAGCGGGUUCGAGGCGGACAAAAACAACAAAAUGAACCCAAUCUAUAACGGGAGUGAAAAGGGUCACAUCCAGCAAGAAGAUUACAACGACAAAGAGAUCCGAAUCGACAUGGAGCGUGUGUGUACAGACAGCGAAGUUUGCAUGAGCCUGAAGAAACCAUCUCUCGCCACCCUCAAGGAGCAUCGGGAUAACCACACGAACGAACGUAUCUCAUCUGUCGGAUCGGUGAGGAAUAACGGCAAAACCCCUUCAUCUCCGGAAAUUCUCGUAGACAAAGAUUGCCAGACGUCUAGGGGCGCCGGCCACAAACCUGAAGUCUGCGUGAUUACUUUGACGCCAGCCGAAGUCUAUAGUAAUGAUUGUGAAGAGAGCAUCUUGAACAAUACUGGAACCUCGGAAUCUCAGAUCUCAGCCUCUGAAGAAUGCACGGUGAACAACAUAAGCAAGAAUCAGUCGCAGCGUAUGUCCACCGUUUCUCUGGGCUUUCAAUCGUGCCCGGGGGAAGAGCAGCAGCAGCACAAGCAAAGCGGAAGCGAUGUGCAGCACGUGACUGAAUUUACCAUUUCCGAUGAAGCGUACAACCGCCAGAGCUCACAGCAGAGCAAUGCCAGUGCGUCGUCCACAGAUUCGGGGCAAGGCACUAGCGAUGAAAAGGGAGCUUUGAGGAAGAUUAGCGUCCCUUUCACUCGACUAGAAAUCAUGAACGAUUUGGACAGUAGCACCCAAAGUGAGCAGUCAAACAGGACAGCUCAGAGUUCCCCAAAAUAGUUCAAAGAACUGAGAGUAGCACUUGUGAUGACAAGAUUGUGAGCUUUUGUGAUGAAUUAAAAGACAGUACAUGCAACGAAUGCCGUGGGCAGGAAAAAAAUGGGUAAAGUCUUGCAGGACGCUCAAUUUCCUGCAAAAGUUCCAAACGCACGAGACACAUUAAGGCUGAACGUUAUUACAUUUAUCCUUUUGUCAAUUUGUUAAGUUCUGGGAGUUUAUUUUUCCCCACGUUACCUUAGUCUUGUCGGGGGCACUGCCACGUUAAAUGCAUAAAUAUACCUUGCAUAAGUAUCCAUUGCAAUGAGUAUCCAUUGCAAUGAGUAUCCAUAGCAAUAAAUAUCCAUUGCAACAAGUAUCCAGAGCAAUGAAAUCCAUUGCAAUAGAUAUCGUUUCAGUUAGACGUCUACUAUCCGCAAUUUACGCGCCAGGUGAUCUUGUGGAUUUAUUGGUGGGGAUUUUAGUAGAGUAAUUCAGCUGCUCUACGCAAAAUGUCUCAACACUUUUUUGUUUCGUUUUGCUUUGUUUCGGCGCCUUUUUUCAUAACCUAUGUCAAGCUUAUUUUUAGUUUUUAAAAGUUCUAAUCAUUGCGUACAUCUAGAUCUGCAUCUUUUAAGUUCCUUUUAUGUUCUUCACUCGUCAGAUUGAAAAAAAAACGCAAAUAAGAAAAAAAGUUCUUUGGUUGAAGUUAAAUUGUUCAAGGUUUUGUUUGAGAACAAGUUGACUGUGCUACUAAAGCAGGGUUGUUGUUGUUUUUGGGGUUGUUGUUUGUUUUUGUUUUUUUGGGGGGGUGUUGUUGUUGGGGGUUUUUGUGGGGGGUGGAGGGGGGGUCUUUGGGGGAGGGGAGGUAAUUUUUCCAACCUCUCACUCUCGUAUUAGGCUCUACUGUCUUCUGUCACAUCUUCUGUCAAAUUCAGGCAUGACGCAAUUUUUAACCCAAUACAUUCUUUAAAAAUGAACAUUCCCAUCUCAGUGACGAAAUAAAUGGGAUCUGCCUGGAUAACGUCACAGUUAAUCACGCACGCAGCGAAAUUCCCCAGGGCAGUUUUAAAUUGAUUCGAAGGCAUUUUAGCCUUGUAGUUUGAAACUACACGCUAUUUUGCCAAUGUGGGUGUUUAAAACCCAUGACGAUCAUACUUCGUUUCAUGGUUUACAUACAAGGAAGUUUUUCGCGCGACAAGGAUCAUCGUCUUUUCUUAUGCCUCGAGCUAUGUUUUGUAAAAAAAAAACUUAGUUUUUAAUCUUUAAUGAAACAGGGGUGAUUGAGAGUUUUCAUUUGCGACUGUGACAUCAAAUCUUUGGUACAGCUUAAAAAUAGCAGGGGGAGUAGAGGAUUAGCUUCUAAGCUUACGGCGCAACAUGACACUCCUUUAAGGAAAGUCUGGGGGAUGAAAAUGUAUUUUUCUUUCGUUUAUCGAAGGAGAAAUAGUCAUAAGUCGAAGUUCCUCUCUGAUUUCAUGUAUGAAAUUAAAAAGGGAAAAUAUGAAGUUGUAGCCUUAAAA